AUGCCAAGACGGAGGGUAGACGUGACACCCUGGAAAGUUGCAGUCCCGGGCUUUUGCGGGGUCAUCCGAUGUCUGCCUGACUUUGUGGCCAGACCGUGGCAAGUGCUGCGGGAGUACGUGUCAAAGGCUGGCAGCAUUCCACCUGAGUUGAGGGAUGAAGAUUGGCGCAGUCUUUACAAAGCAGCCUCCGAGCGCCUUCGUCGAGGGGUGGCAGAGGAGGCGGUGCUGAAGGCGUGCUCAUAUGUUGCCUGGAGGGAGACCCACAGCGAUGAGUCUCUGAAAUGGCCCGGUCCUGAGGGUGGUGCCGUUAACAGGGAGGACUGGCCCGACUUUGUGGCCUGUCGCAAGCAAUGCGAGCACCUGCUGAGCGACUUUGACCUACCUUUAGCGAUCGCUGCAGAGAGGCAAGAGCCCCUCCCAGAAAAAGACAGCUGCCUGGUUUCUGCACUCACACAUCCUAUGAAGCAGUUCCUAGAGGAGUUGCAAAGAAGACAGCUGCCUGCACUCUUCGAUUUGCAAACGGGGGCUCUCCGGGAGUUUCUGUCCAGCUCCGCUGCGGAGAAGUCAAGCACGGCAGGAGCUGCAAGCACGGGCGCUGCUGUGAAGCAAGAGCCGGGUGCUGAUCAUCGUGGGCUAUGCCGAGAUCUUGUUCGAGGCAUCUUGCAGAAGUGGCCCAACACACCUCCCGUGGCGGGCCAAAGGAUGCACCUUGGUACGAUGAUGCACAUGAUCACCGCUUGCCUAGAUAGAGAGCUCGGAGACACGUGGCCCAUGCAUUGUGUCUUUGUGGACGGUAGCAACGAAGAACGAUCCCGGAUGUUAUCCUUGCAGUCAGAGGCAACACUCUGCCUGGCCGUGCUGUCAACCUCCACACACUGGGGACUUCUCUGCACCUGCAAAGGCAAGCCUGAAGCUGUUUUACUGGAUGGCCUCCGCGACCGGACACUCCACGAUGCUGCCCUAGCUUUCCUGGAACAUUUGCGGCAGCAGCAGAACUGGUCCGGCCCUUAUGUCUUGCAGUACGGCAACAUCUCGCAGGACGAUGACUGGAGCUGCGGCCACAGGGUUGUUCUGUGUGCUGAGGCUGUGAUAAAAGGCCGGGGUUGCUGGCCACCUGAUGUUGGAGACCAUGCAUCCACAUGGGCAGUGACGAAGCUUUGUGUCCGGAACAUUGCCAAGCCUGUGAAACGUGAGGCUACCGCAGAGGAUCCGUGUCCGAGCAGUGCCAAGGCCGCGAGACGAGAUGCAGCUGCAAGCACUGGGGCAAGUGCAGCUCCAAGUACUCCUAAGAGGCCCAAGCGAGAUCCAAACCCAUCCACUCCGCCUGCAGAGAAGCCUUCCAAGAAGCCCAAGACGGAUGAAGAUGCCGAGGCUCAGGUUGUGCAGGUUGCCGACGACAUGGUGACCGAAGCAUUGAUGGCCCGGAGGAAGCAGAAGACAGGGAGCAAAGCCAAGGGCGGCAAGCAGACGCCAGCUCAACUCCGCAAAGCUGGCAUGGAGCUCUUCCGCAGUGGGGGCUUGUGCUUCAACCGCGACUAUCAGAAACUUCACGUUGCACAGAAGGAUUCUUACGAGGGGAGCACUCACUGGCCUACUUUUCUAGAGAGCCUUGCUGCGGGCAGGGCAAUGAAAUGCCCGUCAUGUCGUAUGCUCCGCGAGAAGAUCCAGGCUGCAAAGGACGUACCAGCGGAUACCAGCGAAGCACUCGUGCCGCUUGCAUCCGGAGAUGACGCUCCUGAAGUUCCCGAGCUGCCGCCAGCACCUCCGCAAAGGCAAGGGGUCCCAAAGCAGUCUGGCCUGGAGAAGUGGAUCUCGGAAAACCGUGCAGGUGUGUACGAGAGGCGAGACAAGAACUGUGUUUUUGGCCUCCUCUGCAAGGUGGAGGUAAACGUGUACGGGCGCAACGGGACCAGUGGGAAUCAUUUCCUCUUGAAGCAUGAGGGAACGAAGCUCGCCCGCAAGCGGCAUGCCCUUGUAAGCCAGGAGAAGCCGGCGGCAGUGUGCCAUGGGGUGACCUUGGGCAGCGGGGAGUGCCGAGUUGACUUGGUGUCGGACAGCUGCCGUCGCUGGGUGCUGGGUGGAUGCAUGAAGACACAGUCGAUGUCUGCCGAGACCCAGGGCCAGCAGAAGAAGCCUCCUCGCAAGCCUCCUCCGCCAGAUGUGCUGGAUCAGUGCAGCUACACAUGGAAGGGUGAUGAGUUGCUGCUGCGCAGCAUCUCUUGCGAUGGCUUCAAGGAGGGUGAGUCCAGCUGCAGUCGUUGCCGGCAGAUCUGCAACUCCAAGACCUUCCAUGCGGACAUCGCCCUCUGGGCCUGGAGGCAGGAAGCCGCGGAGUUCGUGCGAGUGCUGGUGUAUCAGUCCCCGGAGAAGGUUCUGCAGUACGAGGAGAAGAUCCGGGCCAGCGACUACAUGAACUUCGAGAAGGCAAAGCAGGAAGCCAGUGAGGUUCUUGGGCUCAAGGAUCCCCUUCAGCGAGCAUCCCUUAUCAAGCGGAAGCUGCUUGGCAUCAACCACAAGGUGAGGACCGAGCGACUGCAUGCUUUCCUGGAGGCAACCCUUGCCAAUGUGUCCUUGGAGCAGAGCACUCUUGAUGAGAAGCGAGCCCUGGAUGCGCUGUCAACCAACUUCUGCGAGGCGGUGGCCGAGGGCUCCGCACAGAAAAGCAACCUGGAGCUGGCGGCCAAGGUGGCCUCGGGAGGAUUGGACAAGCACAAGGCCGUCGCUGCGAUGUUUCACGGGUUCUUCGCCAUGCAACAACGACUGGAGCGAGGGCAAGUGCGCCUCCGCCGAAGUGCUGAUGAGGAGACAGUGAACGAGCUCUUCUUCCUCUUCGGCCUAAGCAGCGGGACGAAGGAAGUCUUGAAGCAAUUUGGCCUGCGGAUUGCACAGAACCCCACCAUGGAGCAGCAAUCGCCCCUCGUGCCACAGCCCUUCAUGGCCCUGCAGAACAAGGACAGGCUCGAGGUGAACUGUCGAUUAGCCCUGGACCUCCUCAACAUCCAGAAGAAGAGAUGCUACUACCUCACAUUGGACGAGACGUGUUGGAAGCCGACAUACGACAUCCUCUCAGCAUCAGGUUUGGCGAAAAAUGCUGAAGGUGAGGACCUGAGGAGCUUGGUUGUCGGUGGACAUUAUCAUCGGGAUGACGAUUGGAGCAUGCUUGCGAAUGCGAAGGAGCUGCCAUCGGAUAAGUUGUCUCGCUUGUCUAUCCACUUUUUCGUGGCCCGCACCGACUCCCAAGCUCAGGCAUGGGAAGUGGCGAGCGUGCCCAUGCCAGCGGGCCAGAGUGGCAAGGCAGAGGAGUUUCUCCGGUGGACCGGGUGCAUUCUCAAAGCUCUCACCAAGUCAGGGGCUCCGCCUUUAGGCCUUGCAAGCGAUGCUGGAGGCUGCAAUGCCCUGGUGCGGCAGUUGUGUCUGGGCUUCAUGGUCCCGCCAGAGGACGUUCCAUUCUUCAGCGAGUGCCUGGUGCAGCCGUUGGAACUGCCCUGGAUACCGGCGGGCCUCCUCACGUGGUAUGGGCAGGCGAUGCAUUUUAGCUUGGAUGCUUUGCACCUCCUCAAGCGGUUCAGUGCUCAACACCAGAGCCCACGAAGGGUGAUAGAGUGGGGCGAGUCCUGGGUGGACCUCGGGGUUGGCCUCGAGGCCAGACUCCCCUUGAAAUCGUUUACGCUCCACGACGAGCAGGCCGACACAGAGAGUUUUUAUCGCUUGUGCCCGAGUUCCUACCCUCACAGGGCGGAUUCGUUUGGGUGCGUGAUGAUGUGUUUUGUGUCGGCAUUGCUGUCGUCACCGUGGGAGGGCGGAACAGACUUGUCGGAGGAGGAGCGCUUCCUGAAUGCCUCGCUGUGCUACUUUGUCUGCCUCCUGAACAGGAUGCAGGCAUCGGCACGGCAUGGGAGUGACUGGUCCGAACACUUUCUUCCAACUGCUACAUUGAAAAACGUGCUCCACUCCAACAUCUCAGCGAUGGUGGCCGCAGUCUUCAUCCCCACUGGCACGAGUGUGGACCCCAGGUCCUAUGCGGAGAAGAUUGCCGAGCACCGCUUCAGUGCAAUCAAGGCUCCAUUUCGGGGGACGCCAUCGCUGCGAGAUGGCGUCCUAGGAAGCCACCUGGCACACUUGCGACAGUUUCGCGAUGGCUUCGUUGCUCCCCCGCCCAAGCCGGCGACCCGCUUGCCCUUGAACAAGGCGCAGAAGCUCCUGGAAUGCAGCCUCGCAGAUGCCAUCACCCUGCAAUCCUGGAUCACCAUGGACACGUCAGAGGCUACCCUCCGCAAGGACUUCCAGAGCUGGUGGAAGAGCACUGGUCGCAAGCUUGUGUCCAAGACCUCUAAGGAAGAGACAGAGCAGGCGCUGCAGGAGGAGGUCGAGUUUGAGGCCGAGGAGUGCUUCGAAGAGGGCGAUGCCGCUGAGAAUGAGGCUGAGGAGGUCUUGAUCGCUGCCGAGGACCACGUGCGGCAGAAGGAAGACCUGGAGGAGAUCAGCAAGGCUUUGAGCAAUGGCGAGUUGCCAUCCACCGCUCCGGCUCCUGUUGCCGCGGAUGCCGUGCAGGCUGAGGCCUUGGUUCCAGCUGAGGAUGCCGACCUGGAGGAGUUGCCCCCAAAAAGCUUCCAUUGCUUGCUUGAGCAAGCCCGGUCGAUGGAGUGCUUCAAGCUUGAGGGCGAGGCUUGCGAGGGCUACGCAGGUUGCCGCGACCGGCAGCUAGCACUGAUGCCCCUGCUGACCAAGUUCACUCAGUCGGUACGCCUCCGCGAGCGCCACAUGUCCGUGGCGGCGAUUCUGGGAAGCGAACGACCGCCAUUGUCCGCAUAUCAUGCCUUGCAACAUGAGCUCGCCCUAGCACGCCAUGCCACGAGCACAGACGGCUCCCGCCAGAGCCGCAUGAGGACAUGGAUGUCAACGACGGCCUCUUUGUUCGCCAUGCUUGAGAAGCACGACGAUGGCGACUGGCAGAUUCGCAGAGCGGAGCGGCUGAAGACUGGGACCGGACCCAGUGCACAGGUUGUCGUCUUCAAGGAUCACGACCCGGCGACCGGUCUUGUCACCCUGAGCCUCGGCCAGCUGCGAACCAUCUUCAGGGGUGCCACGGUGCGCACCAAAGAUGAUGGCCCUCGCAAGCUCAGGAGUGCCAAGCCAGUGGUUCAGAGCCUGCCGUUGACAUCGGUGGCCCGCUGCAGGAUCCUUCGGCUCAGCAAGCUUUCCGAGCAUCACUACUACUACUCAGCCUUCAGCGAGAUGCUCAUGGUCGACCCCUUGGGCACAGUGGUAGGCGAGGUGCGGGUGCGAGAGAUGCAGGAGAAGUUCGGCAAGACCGUGCUUGCCUUUGGCGACCGAGCCAUGCGAGGAUUCCACACCUGGCAGCAGAAUGCCGCUGAGCUGCUCAAAAGUCUCAAGGACCCAGUCGUGCCGGCAGAAAGCCCGGCUGAGAUCGCGCCAGCAGUCGUGCAGAGCCGCAUGUACAGCUGGAACGACUUCUCCAGAACCGCUGCCGGCACGAAAUGCAUCAAGGAGUUCAUGGAGACGCUCCCGCUGCUGUACGAGGCCAAGGAAAAGCCCAUCCUCACAGACGGCUGCUUCUCCUUCCCGAUUUCUGGCGGCAGCCAAAAAAGCAUUGCUUGGCCAGAGGUGGUGACGCUCGCCCUGAUUCUUUGUUUAGUGGUUUCUUAG